AUGACCUAUCAAACAUUUCGUGAAGCUUUAAAUAAAUAUCUUAAUGAUCGAAAACCAGAAGAACUUAAAGAAUGUUAUCUAUAUGGACGAAUACCACCUAUUGAAAAAUUAGAUCAAUCAUUAUCAUCACUUAUUAAUUGCGAACGAUUAGCUUUAUCAUCAAAUACAAUCGAUCGUAUUGGUUAUAUGAAUGGUCUUCGUAAUUUAAAAAUUCUUUCUCUUUCAAGAAAUAAUUUAAAAAAUUUAAAUGGUCUUGAAGUACUUGGUGAUACACUUGAACAAUUAUGGAUAUCAUAUAAUCAUAUAGAAAAAUUUAAAGGAAUAAAUACAUUAAAAAAAUUACGUAUAUUUUAUUUUGCUUAUAAUCAAAUAAAAGAUUGGAUUGAAAUAAAUAAAUUAAAUGAAUUAAAUUUAUUAGAAGAAAUAACAGCAUAUGGAAAUCCAAUACAUGAACGAAUUGUUGGUGAAAAUUUUUCACCUGAACCAAGUCAACCAAUAACAUCAUUAGAAAAAGAAUAUUAUCGUGAAUUUAAUAUUCGUAUACCACAUUUAAAAAAAUUAGAUGGACGAGUUUUUCUUGAUAAAGAUGAUGAUGAAGAUAAUGAUUAA